AUGAAUCUCAUGAAGCCGACAGCGGGAGGGUUUCCUGCGUCUGACCACUCCUUGCAUGUUUAUUGGUCCAAGCGUGUCACAAGCCAAGCCCUGGCUUUCUUCCGAGUGCAUGCGUUCUUGAAGGCUCUUUUUGACAGAACAAAGCAGGUCGUAGAAGAUCUGUACCGGGAGGGCGCCGACGAGUCCACGAUCGCGGCGAGAUUCAGAGAGUACAUGAAGAAGGGUCAGACUAUGCGCUCUCAGGGACCCAAGAGGGUCGAAUUCUACAACGAUAUCACCUCGAUUGCCCAGAAGUUAGAGAAUCGGGUCGAGUUGCAGAUCGCAUCUGAUUGCGAUGAUUCGACAGUCAGGCAACUCAGGCUUGUGUUGCCACAGGGGAGGCAGACAGAGACUGUUGAUGCCUCCUUAGCGCUCAUCGACCCCAUCUGUCCGUCGAAAAAGGGCCAAACCCACCGAGAGCCCGUCUUCAUAGUUGUCUUCGAUGAGGCAUAG